CCCCCGCCGCCUCCGCCCGGCGCCUUCCGCUUCACCAGGCCCGCCUACAAUGCCAGCAUCCCCGAGAACUCGCCGCCCAAGACGUACGCCACGCCCGAGGAGCGCAUGGGCGUCGUCACGGCGCCCGACGACCCUCGCGAGGCGGACGCCGUCAUCCGGUUCAAGAUCGUCGCCGGCGACCGCGACAAGUUCUUCAAAGCGGAGGAGAAGCUGGUCGGCGACUUCUGCUUCCUGCUGCUGCGCACGCGCACCGACAAGCUGGACGUGCUCAACCGCGAGCGCAAGGACCGCUACGUGCUGGACGUACGCGCCACCAAGUCCUGGCGGGGCAACUCGAGCGCCACGCCCCUCAUCGCCGACACGCGCGUCGCCGUCACCGUGCUCGACACCAACGACCUCAACCCGCUCUUCUACCCCACCGAGUACGAGGUGACCGUCCCGGAAGACACGCCCUUGCACCGCAGCAUCGCCCAAGUGUCCGCCGAGGACGCGGAUCUCGGCAGGAACGGCGAAAUCUACUACAGCUUCCUGGACGCCACGGACCAGUUCUCGGUGCACCCGAUGACCGGCGUGGUGUCGCUGACGCGGCCACUGAGGUACACGGCCAAAUCCGUGCACGAGCUUACGGUGAAAGCGCAGGAUCGCAGUUCCAUCCUCAAGCACGGUCCCCAGGCGAAGGCCAGCACGGCUACCCUCAAGGUCAGAGUCCAGCAGGUGAACCUGUUCGCUCCCGAAAUCUACGUGCGGCACCUGCCCGACAUCGCGGAACAUUCCAACGCCGACAUAUACGCCAUAGUGCGCGUCACAGAUCGUGACAAGGGGAUGCACGGUGAGAUCAAGAGCCUCGACAUCGUCGACGGCGAUCCGGACGGCCACUUUCGCAUAAAACCUGCUGGGAAACCUGGAGAGUACAAUAUCGUCGUAGUUCACCUCCUAGACCGCGAGACGGCGCCUCAGGGCUACAACCUCACGCUGAAGGCGACGGAUAUGGGCAUCCCGCCGAAGGAGACUUACAAAUCCGUGCCUGUCCACCUGACCGAUCUCAACGACAAUGCUCCCGUGUUCGAUCGCGAGAUCUACGAAGUCGAAGUGCCAGAAACGGCGCCGGUCAACACGCCAGUCAUCCGCCUGAAGGUUACCGAUGCCGACGAAGGCAAAAACGCACAAGUUUUCUUAGAGAUAGUAGGGGGGAAUGAAGGCGGAGAGUUUCGCAUCAACCCCGACACUGGCAUGCUCUACACGGCGGUACAACUGGAUGCGGAGGAAAAGGCCAUGUACACGCUGACGGUGUCGGCGAUAGACCAAGGGAACGCUGGCACCAGAAAACAGUCUUCCGCCAAAGUGAAAGUGACCGUGGCUGACACCAACGACAACGAUCCACUGUUCGAAACCCCGGAAGCGACAGUGUGGGUGGACGAGAACGAGCCGGCGGGAACUACCGUCACCAAAGUGUCUGCCAAGGACCGCGACUCCGGCGAAAACGCCUACAUUUCCUACAGCAUCGCCAAUCUGAAACCAGUGCCUUUCGAGAUAGACCACUUCUCGGGAGUCGUGAAGACGACUAUGGUGCUGGAUUACGAGUCUAUGAGGAGGGAGUAUAUUCUCAGGAUACGUGCUUCCGACUGGGGUCUUCCGUACCGCCGACAGACAGAAAUGCAGUUGAAGAUUAACGUGAGAGAUAUCAAUGACAACAGACCGCAGUUCGAGAAGGUUGACUGCUCGGGCCACGUGCCGCGCUACGUUCCGAUCGGCACGGAGAUCAUCACGCUCUCGGCUAUAGACUUUGACGCCGGAAGUAUCAUUAGCUACCGUCUGGUCGGCGGCAACGCGGACAGCUGCUUCGGUUUGGACGCGACCUCGGGAGUGCUGAGCGUCACCUGCGACUUGACAGAUGUCAAAGUGUCCGAGCGGGAGGUGAACAUCACCGCGACGGACGGCACCCACUUCUCGGACAUCGUCCACGUGCUGAUCAACCUGGUCAACGCCAAGAGGAGUCUGGGCUCGCCGGGCAGGAUCCUCACCGACGAGACCGGAGCGUUCGAGUGCCGCGACACUGGUGUGACUCACCGCCUGACGGAGAUCCUGGCCGCGGGCGAGCGCAACAACGCGCCCUACGACCUGCACCGGGAGGACUUCGCCAUGAUGCCCAGCCGCUACGGCGAGAACGUGCACGCGCCCGAGUUCUUGGACUUUCCGACGGGGAUCAAUGUGAACGAGUCGGUGGCGCUGGGCACGACGCUGGUGAAGCUCCGGGCCAGGGACCGCGACCUCGGCUACAACGGGAAGUUGGUGUACGGCAUCUCGGACGGCGACUACGACUCCGUGUUCCUCAUCGACCCCGAGACGGGCGAGCUGAAGGUGGUGGGCCACCUGGACCGCGAGCGCGAGGCCGAGUACCUGCUGAACGUCAGCGUGUACGACCUGGGCCGGCCGCAGAAGGCGGCGUCGCGCUUCCUGCCCGUCACCGUGCUCGACGUCAACGACAACGCGCCCAGGUUCGAGAAGGCGGUGGCCAGCUUCCGAGUGACGGAGAACGCGCUCAACGGCACGGCCAUCUUCCGCGUGAACGCCACCGACGCGGACCAGGGAGAGAACGCGCGCGUCUCGUACUCGCUGGUCACCGACACGGACGACUUCGCGGUGGACGCGCGCACAGGCGUGUUGACGGUGGCGGCAGCGCUCGACCGCGAACGGCAGGACGUGUACGAGCUGAAGGUGCGCGCCACGGACGGCGGAGGCGGGGGCGGCAGCGGCGACGUGCCGCCCCUGUCCUCGGACGCCAUCGUGCGCAUCCUCAUCGACGACGUGAAUGACAACGCGCCCGCCUUCGCGCUGCCCUCAUACACAGUGAAGGCGCGGGAGGACCUGCCCGUCGGAAGUGUCGUCGCCGUCGUCGGCGCCAGCGACCCGGACGUCGGCGCCGGAGGGCAGGUGCAGUACUCGCUGGUGGGCGGCGCGGGCGACGGCGACGAGGCGUUCAGCGUGGACCGGCUGUCUGGUGCGGUGCGCACGGCGGCGCCGCUCGACUUCGAGGAGCGGCAGGUGCACACGCUGGUGGUGCGCGCGCGCGACCGCGGCGCGCCACCGCUCUCCUCCUCCACCACGGUCGUCGUCGAGGUGGUCGAUGUCAACGAGAACGUGCACGCGCCGCAGUUCGGGGAGUUCGUGUGGGCCGCAGCCGUGCUGGAGAACCAGCCGGCCGGCACGCUGGUCACCACGGUGCGCGCGACGGACGCGGACCCGCGCGGCGACGACUCCAGGGUCUCGUACUCCAUCCGCGGCGGAGACGGCGUCGGGCUCUUCACCGUCGACGACGAAGGUAGGCCGCCGCUAUCUGCUAACAGCCGCUGCUGCAGCGCGCAUAGGUGUCGAUUCACGUAUCAGCCUGACGUGACGGUGUUACACAGGGUGAAAAGUAUUUAA